AUUCCUAAAAAAAGCACACCUGAGAGAUUCUAAUUAAACGUUCCUGAAAUAAAGUAAACAAUAAGGUUGAUGUGUAUUGAUUGUGUUUCUUCACAAAUGUUACUUAAAUUAGUCCUUCAACAAUUGUUAUAACACAAAAGACGGACUUCAGACGUCAAUCUGAAUACAAAAAGAUUACGUCACUAUAUCGCUGACGUAACGCCGUUGUAAUUGACGUCAAUGACGUCGAGCGUCAUGGUAACAGGGAUGAACGUGUUUUUUCAAGUUGGGCCGGUAUCAGAUGGAUAAGUAUUAUUUUUUUAUUCUUUUUAUAUUUUAUUGUAAGCUUAACCACUUAUCAUAGCAUAUAUUUGCCUGGAAUGAAAUUAUCAUAUCAUUGUAAUAUGUGCCAAUUAUGACGUCCUAAAUGUACAUUUGUCGAGAGAAGAAUCGGCAACUGGUAGAAGAAGGUCCAUUUAAAAUCCGGUUCCGUUGCCUAGGUAAUGCCGAAAUCGAGCCAGACGCUCAUACUUAAGAAAGGCGUAGUGACGGAGGAUGAAGUGCGACCGACGUCGUCGGGACAUCGGUCGGGAUCUCAGUGCUCUGUGCCGACAGGUGUGAGAUCGAGUCCACAGUGCGCGUUCCGUAACCCGGCCCGCUGCAGCAUCGUGACCGUCUACAACUUGGAGCAGAGGCUGGUGGGAGUGGGUCGGGACGUGCCGGACCGGGACGCUGUGUAUACCCUUGGGCGCGAGUCUGCGCAACUCUUCAGACAUCAAACGCUACCGAAGGGUUACACCAACAUCCUCGCAUUCGAUCCGGACUCGAAAUCAUAUCAUUGGUGUGCACUGGGCGAGACUGGUUCCUCCACGGAAGUUUAUUACGUGAACAGCCGGCCCACUUCCGGCCGAUGUCGGCCCUUCGCCGCCGGACCAGACAGAUCGUCCAUCUCUUUAGAGCAGCCGGUCAGUCCUUUCCAGUAUCAGAAGUUACUCGCUCUUGGUUUCCGGCCCAGUACCCUCUUGCUGGACCCGGACUGCGUGUAUGACGCUACCAGUCACCGCGCUUGUAGUACGCAUGCGCCGCGAUCCCGUAAGGAGAGCCCGCAGAAACCGGACGCAACAAGCGGGACCGCGGCGCGGAGCGCUGUUGAUCCACAAAUUGACGCGGUAACGCCGGAUGAUUUAGCUUGCCCGGAGGCCGAUGUCAUGCGCAGUGACAACAUCAACCGGAUCGCCCCAAGUCUGCACAUGCGCAGUGACACAUCACCCAGUCGUCCGAAUGCCGCAGUUUUCAGUUUCCGGAACAACGAAAGCGUGUCUCACUCGGAGAGGGACGAGGGCUUAUCUACGUGUAGAACAUCAUCAAGGUUCAAUGUGGGACACACGUCCCGGAUACUUUCCAACUGUCUGUGAUGUUCCGGAGCGGAUACCGAUCGUUGGAGCAUCUGUUUCCACGCUUGCUUAGACGGGAACAAACCUGAUUGUAAAUACCCGUCUAAACACGAUUGCAGUUGGUAUUUAUACAGCAGUCUGUAGAUUUCCGGAACGAAGCCUUUAGUUUGUUUGUCGUUAUUCAGGUAUCGUACAAGUCUGUUAAUGAACACUUGUUUGGCAAGGUAUUGGUUUGGUAAACGACAUAAUUGACCAAAAAACAAAGAUAUUGUUUUGGCGUUGUCCGUCCGUCUUUCCGUCCGUCCUUUCGUCCGUCCGGCACUUUUGUGUCCGGAGCCCUAUCUUUGAAGUGCUUUGGCGGAUUUCAAUGAAACUUGGCACGAGUAUAUAUAUGGAUAAGAGGAUGUUGCACGCCUAAUGGCAUUGUACACCAUCUGUUAAUAACAGAGUUAUGGCCCUUUGUAUCUUGGAAAAAUGCUUUUUUGUGUCCGGAGCCAUAUCUUGGAAGUGCUUUGGAGGAUUUCAAUUAAACUUGGUAUGAGCAUAUAUAUGGAUAAGAGGAUGUUGCACGCCUAAUGGCAUUGUACACCAUCUGUUAAUAACAGAGUUAUGGCCCUUUGUAUCUUGGAAAAAUGCUUUUUUGUGUCCGGAGCCAUAUCUUGGAAGUGCUUUGGCGGAUUUCAAUUAAACUUGGUAUGAGUAUAUAUAUGGAUAAGAGGAUGUUGCACGCCUAAUGGCAUUGUACACCAUCUGUUAAUAACAGAGUUAUGGCCCUUUGUAUCUUGGAAAAAUGCUUUUUUGUGUCCGGAGCCAUAUCUUGGAAGUGCUUUGGCGGAUUUCAAUUAAACUUGGUAUGAGUAUAUAUAUGGAUAAGAGGAUGAUGCACGCCUAAUGGCAUUGUACACCAUCUGUUAAUAACAGAGUUAUGGCCCUUUGUAUCUUGGAAAAAUGCUUUUUAGUGUCCGGAGCCAUAUCUUAGAAGUGCUUUGGCGGAUUUCAUUGAAACUUGGUAUGAGUAUAUAUAUGGAUAAGAGGAUGAUGCACACCAAAUGGCAGUGUACAACAUUGGAUAAUAAAGGAGUUAUGGCCCUUUGUAUCUUGAAAAAAUGCUUUUUUGAGUGUCAAAUAUAACACUUUUGUGUCCAGAAGCAUAUUGGCGGGGGAUAUCGAAUUUGCUUGUUGAAACUAUGUCAUCAUGAUAAUUUGUGUCGUUUGGUAUAUGUACCAUAGCAUGUACCAACAAGAGCACCGCCUUGCGGGUGCAGACCGCUCAUCUAUUUUCUUUUUAAAGGUGAAGGGACUCUCAUUUUCAAUCACAAAGGAGGGAGGGGUGGAGUGAAGAGGGGUGUAUAGUGUGGGGG